CAAGAAAGUCAAAAAUGUCACAAACACCUCUAAAUUCCUGUUAAAUGAAUGGAGCCAUCGGUAGAACACCUGAAAAAUGUUUACGUUUGCCUUGCAGUAUCAAUCCUCUCAGCAGCAGUAGGACUAUUAUCCAUUGGCUCAUUACUUAAGAACCUACUCUCCAUAGCUCUCCUAUCAACUGGGGGAAGCACUUUGUUCUUCCUUUUGGUACUCAUAUUACCCGAUAUACCCGACAAGAACAGAUCCCUGAGGUUCUCCUUCCUCCUGGGCUUCGCAGGAUUUUCUGGCAUCGGCCUGACGAACAUCUUCAGGAGUGUCAUGCAGUAUGAUCCAAUUUUGUCAAUAACAGCACUUCUGGAAACUUGUCUGAUAUUCAGUUCGUUGUCAGCUUGUGCAAUUUUUUCAGAAAGAGGUCGGUGGCUCUUCCUUGGGAUACCCUUGACAGUGCUACUCUUCACCUUGAUUAUCGUGUCAUUCGCCAACGUUGUUGAUGAAUCCAAAGCAGUUUCCAGAGCUAUAGUUUAUCUGAGUCUUUUUGCGAUGUGCGGGCUUGUACUUUAUGAUACCCAGGUUAUCAUUGAAAGAUACAAUAAUAAGGAUGCUGAUUUCAUUGGACAGACCAUGAACGUUUUCACCGAUUUUAUUGGAAUUUAUCGGAGACUUCUGAUUAUAGGAGUAGAUAAUAAAUUGCGAGAAACCUCAGAAGACUCAGAUGAAGAUGAAGAAUUUUUAUUUGGUUUAUUCUCUUCAACUGCUGCUCCUAUGCAUGCCCUUUUAUGAGAAUUUCGUGCAGGGCAACAAAUAACUAUACGAAUAAAGAAUUUAACAACUCUAAAUUGUCUAAAGGAAACAAACAUUGUUAUUCACUGUUACCCAAUCAAGCUAAAAUAAUUAAAAUCGUGGUAGUA